AUGAAGGCUACGGAAUUAGAGGAAUCUUGCUCCGCCCUCCGGAAGGAAUUAGAAGAUGCACAGGAUGAUUUGAAAGUGGCUAAGGAUGAGCUUGAUGUUGUUCAGGUUGAAUUUGGAGAGAAGGGUUGUGGAGUUGGUGAGGGUUUGGGUAACUCUAUGUUCCAGAGGCAGUUCAAGAGGGUGUCGUACUAUCAGAAGGCUAUUGGUGAGCACAAGAUGGCGUUGCACUAUCAUCCCUUAUUUGAGGGUGUGAAGCUAGAGGAGAUGCCAGGCUACAACCCUAACGCAACUACCAUAGCCCAGGAGGCUACGGUGGCUCUUCAUCAUCUAGCUCUGGACUAUCAUAGAGUCCUUGCUGACUAUGCCCAGAAUCCCACUCCUAUACUUAUGGAUAUUCGUGCCAAGCGCCUCCUGCCUAAUCCGGAAGCUAGCACAUCCCACACUGUGACAGGUCAAGGGUCUUCCGGUGCAGGAGAUGGGGAAGGGGAGGUGAACUAG